GCGGACAUAACGUACAAAUAUUGUUCAUACGACGCGUGUCUAAUGAAAUAAGUAUAUAUUUAAUACAAAGUGUUUAGCAAUUGAGCAUGGAUAAUCAGGAACAGCGUUUGGGCCAUCGUCGCCAGCCAGCGCUGGGCAAGGCGAUGCCAGUGACAGCCCUGCUCUUAAAUCUGAAUCUCUCGCAGAGCAAUCAGGCGCGCAGUGGGUCUGCACAUGACCAGGACAAUGAGUAUGAGACACCGCCGCGUUAUUUUGACAUAGCAGAGGAACUGCAGCAGCCGCCCUCGCCAAUCGGAAAUGACUCAAUGGAAUUAAUGGGCAGUGCUAAGACUGAGGUGGCCUGCCUCAACUGCACUUGCACUGCACCAGUGCAUUUGAAUAUUUCACAUUUGGCCGUGAACGAGAUGUGUCAGCGUUUGUGCAGCGAGGACUGUCGCCAUGGUCUCAGUCUGACGGGGCGUCUGGCCAGCCAGGAUGGUGAGCAGCUGCGUCAGGAUUUCCUCAAGCAGUAUGAGAUCGCGGAAGCGCUGGCCAAGACCUCGGCAAUGACCUCGACAACGCAAAUGAAACAGCGUCUGGCCGCACGUAAACUGGAAAUGGAAAUCGAGACACCCGACUGGCAGCUGACCACACCCAGAGACGAGGCUGUGGCUGCUGCCGCGGCUGUUGCUGCUGUUGCUGGUGCUGGUGCUGCUACUGCUGCUGCUGCUGCUGGAGACACGUUGCCGCCAAUCUCUGAUUAUGAGACACCGAUGCCGCUGCCGCGCGAUCUGCUGUUGUAUCUUGUGAGAUAAAUAUUUGCCAACUUCUACAC